ACGUGUGUUGUCGUAAAAUUUAUUAUUAUUUACAAGAAUAUGGUGGGUUGUAAACCUGUAUCAUUCCAUAUAUUCGAAAAAACAAACAGCGGAGACGUAAUAUCAUGGACUUACCCGACGGUAACCGAUGAAACAAAAAUUUUAAUCCAUCAGACUUGUUUUUCGAAAGGAUUGGAAACGGUCGAUUUGUUCUAUUAUAAGCGCGAAAAAAAAUACUGGCACUACAUAAAGCAAUUCGGGAAAAAUGGGAGAAGAUGCGCCGUGAUUGUUCUGUCGGAAUGCUACAAGCCGGAUUUGUACGGGAAAAUAUGCGAUUUGUUCGUCGGAAAAUGCACCGGCGUUGCAGAGGUGGAUUUCGUGGUGCUUGUAAAAACGUUUUUGAAAAUUUACGUUAGCGAUGGGAUUAGUUCGGGAGGUGAAUUCGUUAAAUUAGAGGAUUUUCCGGAACAAACUAAUUUGAAAGACAUAAUUAAAAAUUUAGGUAUCGAGUUCAUUUUGCUUUACAAUGCGUUGCUAUUGAAGAAGCAAAUUUUGGUAUACCAUCCCAAUGUAGAAGAAUUACAACAGAGUUUAAACUCAAUAACCAGAUUAAUUCCAACGCAACAGCCUGAAGAUAUUUUAGAACCGUACGUUCAAAAUAUAUCAGAUCUAAAACGUAAUGUAAAUAACUUGUUAGGUACAACGAAUUCUAGUCUAAUGAACCAACAAAAUUCCUUCGAUCUACUGGUCAAUUUACAAACCCCUUCAGUAGAAGUAACUCUAAAAUCCAAAGAAUCUUUCCAACUGACCUCCCUCCACAAGGACAUAGCAAAUUCCAUUACUCAACUGGUCGAAAAAGACGCCACAGAAUUGGAAAUAAUCAAUGAAAUAUCUAACAAAACUACAGAGGUGCUAAAUUAUUUGAAAACAUUCCAAUCCCAAAAAGAUGUAGAAGGUAAAAUAAAAAACAAGAACUUGCAGAAAUUUCUUACCAAUUUAUCUACGAUUGUCUAA